UAUUUUAAAGUGGUUUUGAAUUCUUUAGCCUCAUCGUGUGAUCCCACGUUUAUCCUGGGUUGUGCUCCCUGCAAUGUGAUCUGCUCCAUCAUUUUCCAGAGUCGUUUUGAUUACAAAGAUCAGAAUUUUCUUACCUUGAUGGAGAGGUUCAAUAAAAACUUCAAAAUUGCAAGCUCCCCGUGGAUUCAGCUCUGCAAUAAUUUCCCUGUUCUCCUUGAUUAUUUCCCUGGAAUUCAUAACAAAUUAUUUGAAAACAUUGCUCUUACAAGAAGUUAUACUUUGGAGAAAAUAAAAGAACACCAAAAAUCACUGGAUGUUAAUAAUCCUCGAGACUUUAUUGAUUGUUUCCUGAUCAAAAUGGAGCAGGAGAAGCAAAACUCACAGUCUGAGUUCACUAUGGAAAACUUGGCUAGGACAGUAACUGAUUUAUUUGUUGCUGGGACAGAGACAACAAGCACCACUCUGAGAUAUGGACUUCUGCUCCUGCUUAAGCACCCAGAGGUCACAGCUAAAAUCCAAGAAGAGAUCAACCGUGUGAUUGGAAGACAUCGGAGCCCCUGCAUGCAGGACAGGAGCCACAUGCCCUACACGGAUGCCGUGGUGCAUGAGAUCCAGAGAUACAUUGACCUGGUCCCCAAUAGUUUGCCCCAUGCAGUUACCCGUGACAUUAAAUUCAGAAACUACCUGAUCCCCAAGGUAAACUUGUUUGUCCUACACGGUACCUCAUACUCUUAAAAUCCCGAAAUUCACAGUCUGGUUCCAAUCCUCUACCAACACAAGAUGAGAAGUGCAAAAUUCAUACAUGUGGCAGCUUGAUGGACUUGGUGCUCUUUUGUUUUGGGUUAUAAAGCUUUAUAAAAUG